AUGAGUACUGGGCGCUUGGAUGAGGAUCGAAAUCGUGGGCAAUCGGCGCCCAUUGGUGGUGACAUGUCGGUACAAGGCGAGAUCACAAGCCCCUUGUCGGUCGAAGAAACCAACGCAGCUCUUAAUUCCAUUACUCCAGAACAGUCAGCCCUCUCUCGAAAUGCGGAGGUUACGAUAAAUAGCAGAGAUCCCAAAAAGGUGGUGACGUUCGGCUCAACCGAUCCAAAUAACCCAUACAACUGGUCGACUAGGAGGAAAAGCUAUGUGUUGUUUGCUGGUAUUCUGAUGGUCAUAAACAGCACAUUGGAGUCAUCGUUAUCAAGCGGUGCGACACGAGCCAUCACCAAAGAAUUCAACGUCACGAGUCAAAUACAAUUCCCUCUACCCAUAUCCUGUUUCAUUGCUGGAUACACCAUCGGACCGACCCUAGCAGCGCCACUAUCAGAAUACCACGGGCGCAAAUAUGUCAUGUUGGGCUUCUUCCUGCUCGCAACAAUAUCAACAGUGGCAUGUGCUGUCGCUCCAAAUUGGCCAGCGUUACUCGUGUUUCGAUUUUUCUCAGGCCUGGGAGCAUCCGGUCCAAUUGGAAUAGUCGGAGGACUUUAUGCAGACGUCUACAGCGACCCGAAAACACGAGGAUCUGCAAUGACCUGGUUCAUGAUUGCGACAACCGAAGGCCCUGUCAUCGCACCGCCCAUCUCAGGAUUCAUUGCGGCCAAGAGCUGGCGCUGGGUUUUCGGCUUCGGCGCCUUAUUUGCAGGUGCCACCAUCCCCGUCAUCCUCGCCAUGCCCGAGACAUAUGGGCCAGUUCUGCUUCGCCGCAGAGCGCAGAAGCUCCGAGCAGAAACCGGCGAUGCUCAGAUUUAUGCAAAAUGCGAACUGGAGAAGCGAAAUCUGCACCACAUUUUAACAGUCGUCAUGACCCGUCCUUGGCGCAUGCUGUUCCAAGAAGUGAUUGUGAUGUGUGUCUCUGCCUACUGCGCACUCGCAUACGGGAUCUUCUAUCUCUACUUCCAAGCAUACCCCAGGAUUUUCCAGGGCCCGGAUUCUGUGUACAAAUGGUCACCUGGCGUCGCGGGCCUAGCGUUCCUCCCGAUCGGGCUCGGAGCAAUCUGCGCAGCGCCCGUCUACAUCUGGUGGAACUCGGUGCUGGAGAAAGGCCGGAAACGAAACGCCGCGUGGACGCGGCAAGAAGAAUACAAUCGCCUCCCGUUUGCAUGUAUCGGAGGACCGCUGUUCGUGGUCUCUCUUCUCUGGAUCGGGUGGAGCGCGAGAGAAAACGUCCACUGGAUAGUGCCAGUCUCUUCCGGCAUAUUAUGGGGACUCGGGUUCCUACUCAUCUUCCUCGCCCUGCUCAACUACCUGACCGACGCCUACGAGACAUUCGCAGCGAGCGCCCAGUCCAUCGCAAGCACGUGCCGGAGCGUCUUUGGCGUCGUCCUCCCGCUCGCUUCGUCGCGGAUGUUCUCGACUCUUGGCAUCGCUUGGGCCUGCAGUGUGCUCGCCUUCCUGAGCUUGAGCAUGGUGGCGAUCCCAUUUGCGUUCAUUCGAUAUGGCGAUACUAUCCGCGCGAACAGUAAGUUCUGCCAGCAGCUGAAGGAGCUCAAGGCGAAAGAGGCGGCUGAGCAGGAGGAGCGGGAGAGGAUUGAAUCACGCGAGAACGAGACUCGCACUCUACAGCUUGGCGGUAAAGAAUCUGGCGGUAUGGUUUAA